AUGCCAUCUACGGCUAGCCGCAGGCCUGUGGCUGUUUCUGCUGCCGCAGGGAGCGGCAGCAGCAGCGCGGCAGCAGCGGCUGCGAGACGUCGCAGCGAGAUCUUCGUGGACGUGAUCGAGCGGCUGUCUGCCGUUCUCUCGAGAGACGGCAGAGUGCUGCAUGCAUCCCUUGACGGGUGCAUUCAGAUGAAGUCUUACCUGGAUACCCCGCCUCUCAUGAAGCUCGCCCUUUCGGACCAGCUGAGUAUUGGCAGCAGCGGCCUUAGUGAGGGUGGCGCCCUCUGUACGGAUUCGUGCAACUUCCACGAAUGUGUGGACUUGGCGCUCUUCGAAUCUCAGCGCCUUCUCACAUUUCGACCUCCCGAUGGCGAGUUCGUCCUUUUGAACUACAGAGCCGUCUCUGUUAGCCAUGUGCCUUUUAGGGUUCUUCCCACCGUUGAGGAGCUUGGCAACGGCAAGGUAGACGUGAUACUGCGAAUCCGCGCCGAUCUCCCCGAGCAGUCCUGUGCCGCGAAUGUCUCUGUCUCUGUAUCCCUGCCAAAAGCCACGACUUCCGUGGCUCUGGAGUCGAUGCCACCAGUUGCUGCCCAAGGUAUGGAGUUCAUUGCAGCCGAGCACCGAAUCCACUGGCUCAUUAAAAAGUUUCAGGGUGGCUGCGAGCUGAGUUUUCGGGUGCGUGUGACACUCAAUCCUGCCUUGCCCCCCCCCUUGCGCUCGGAGUAUGGGCCCGCUACUUUAGGCUUCGAAAUUCCGAUGUACAACGUAUCCAGCCUUCAGGUGGGUGGUGCAUGCAAUGCGGCCACACGCGCUGAAGCCUCAUGCGCGACGCCUUCGCACCCUGCAUUCCGUUAUGCCCUUCCUUCCCCUCUUUUCGCGGGGAAGGGUCGCUCUCUAGAGGGGCAACCAAGCGCCUCCUUAAAAAGGCCUAACACAGCUGCUUAG